AAAGGGCGCGGACAUCGGAAGCUUUGCUAGCUAAACUGCAAAAGCAGCAAGGCUUUUUUACCAAGCUUCACACAUCCAGGGAUGCAGCAACCAAGACCAGCUUUGUGAUAGCUCACAAAAUCGCUAAAACCAGUAAGCCAUUCUCGGAGGGGGAGUUUAUCAAAGAGUGCUUGGUGGACUCUGCAGCUUUAAUAUGCCCUGGAAAAAAAGAAGAAUUUGAGAAAGUCCCGCUCUCCAGGCGAACCGUGACGAGAAGGGUCGAGGACAUAUCGUGCAAUCUGGAGCUUCAGCUGCAACGUGAAGUGGCAAAUUUUGACUUUUUCUCCUUGGCUUUGGAUGAGAGCUGUGAUGUCCGUGACACAGCCCAGUUACUUGUAUUUGUCCGCGGGAUAACGCCGGACUUCAAGAUUACGGAGGAGCUGGCAGCAAUGCGGUCGAUGAAAGGAACAACUACAGGGAGCGAUCUCUUCAUGGAGGUGAAUGCGUGCAUGGACACACUGGGACUGAAAUGGGACAGACUGGCAGGUGUCACAACGGACGGUUGUCCAAAUUUUACAGGGAAAAAUGUGGGACUUUUAAAACGUAUGCAAGAUAAAGUGGCUGAAAUCGACGCAGAUCAGGAAUUAAUAUUUUUGCAUUGUAUUAUACACCAACAUGUGUUGUGCAAGUCGGUGCUAAAAAUGAACCAUGUUAUUAAUGUUGUUAGUAACAUAGUAAACUUCAUCAGGGCACGGGCAUUGAAUCACAGACAGUUUGUCGCACUUUUGGAGGACCAUGCGUCUGAGCAUAGUGACAUCAGUUACCACACACCUGUCAGAUGGCUCAGCCUGGGCAAAGUGCUAAAAAGAGUUUGGGAUCUGAAAACAGAGAUUCGAGAGUUUUGUGAGAUGAAAGGCAAAGACAUCCCAGAGCUCUCAGAUGAGGACUGGAUGGCAGAUUUUGCAUUUGCUGUUGAUGUGACCGCACUGAUGAAUGACCUGAAUACCAAACUGCAAGGCAGGGGCCUUUUUGUUCAUGAAAUGCACACCCUGGUGAAGGCUUUCAUGAAAAAGAUGUUGUUUCUUUCAAGCCAACUGGAGAACAACAAUCUCACUCACAUGCAAACCCUGAAAGAAGUCACACCAUCAGCCGAUCACCUCCGCAGGUACUCAUCCAUGUUAGGAGCAUUGCAUUGUGAGUUUUCAAGGAGAUUUGAAGAUCUCAGGACAAUCGAGGAUGAAAUGCACAUGAUUUCCUCUCCCUUUACCUGCAGUGUGGAUAAUGCACCCAGUGAUGUUCAGCUGGAACUCAUUGACCUGCAGUCUGAUGCAGUACUGGCAGAGCUCUUUAAAUCAGGAUCUCUGCUGGAUUUCUACUCUUCUCUCAAGGAGGAGAACUUUCCAAACAUGAAGAGACAUGCUCAGAAGAUGUUGGUUCUCUUUGGCUCUACCUACAUAUGUGAACAAACAUUUUCAAUGAUGAAGUUCAUGAAAUCCAGUUACAGAUCAUCUCUCACUGACGAUCAUCUGUCAGCUGUGCUUCGCAUCUCCACCUCAGACAUUCAACCUGAUUUUGAUGCACUCGUUAAAGCCCAGCAGAGACUAGAUUUCUCUCACUGAACAAGAAAAAAUAACUUAAAAAUGUAAAAAGUUUUAAAUGGUUGAGUUGUGCAUGAUUUUAAUUAUAUUGUGGUUAUUUUUAUUUGCAUGUUUAGCGUGUUUUUAUGAUGCCGUUUUAGGGAUUAAUUGCCUUUCCCAUUGUUUUGUGAAAUUCGCUUGAAUAAAUUACAUUUUUUGGAAGGCAACCUCAUGUUUUCAUUGCUUAAUUAUAACAUGUACUCUUACCAGCUUGUCAAAACAAUGCUAUUUACUGCUUUUUACAAAGAAGUACAGUUCAUAUUAUGCAGAAUUGAGAUCAGCCUUUUGGCCGGCCCUCCACAAUAUUUUCUGUUUCUCAUGUGGCCCCAUGGAAAAAAUAAUUGCCCACC